UUUAAUAGCAAGCUGCUCUGAACAAAGCAGCAGCAAUCACAUAGUUUUGUUCGAGCUCCCCUGAAAAGACGUGCUAUCACGCGCGCCGCUUUUCCUCGCGAACUUCCCACGCGACUGCCUUCGUCGCGUUCAUUUGCCUGGGGAUCAGCACGACACCUGCAGUAGCUAGAAAUCUUCCUGUGGAAGCAGAGCGCGGACAACCUUCAGGAGAGUUUGGCCACGUGCACGUGACCUGCAAUUAGCCAACCGCGCCCAAUCGCUUCAGUUCGCUUUUAAGGUGCGGAUCAUUUCAGAAUUCAGCCCUGUCGGGUGAUGAGGGCUGCAACGGCGCGAGCCGGCGCGGGCUCAUCCACAUGCUUGCACGAAAGACAAGUUUGCCCCACACUGCACUGCCCACUGCCCGGCCCGGCUUUCUCGGAACAGUUACCAGGGCAGUGCGGUUUCCUCCCUCAAACAAGAUCGCGACACCAAGCACGCCCGCGCCAGAAGCCGUCUAGAUCCGCUACACGAAUGCAGCAACAACACCUGCCCAAGGUGGGCUCACUCGAGGGUUGGCUCAGCGCCGCCGCCGCCGCUUGCAGCAGCAGCAGCCAGCCGCAGCAGGGCGCAGCGUCUCGUUGCACCAGCCCCUUCGCUCACCACCACCAAUCCGAAGCCGAUGCCUUUGCACCGCCGGCACUGCUGCCGCCACCGCCGCGCUGCGCCUGCCUCGAAGCUCGCCUGGGCCACCCGGCUCCAACCGCCCGCCCCCACGCCACUGCUGAUCUGGUCUGCACAAUCCGCAACCCGUGCGGCCGGUGCGGCAGCGGCACCAGCAGCACCACCGCACCCCUGUGCUGCGCCACCGCCACCGAUGCCACCAGCAGCAGCAGCAGCAGCAGCGCUUGCGCGAUCGAUGUCAACCACGAGGGCACCAUGCGCCGAGGCCGCCCGCGCCUCUACCACGCCACCGCCUCCUCGCUGCCGCUCCCCGUCACAGGCGGCGGCUUGUCUCUGGAGUCGCUGUGCUCGGCUCUUUCCUCGCCGGCCUCACAGAUUGCCAUGGCUGCGGCCGGCGGCAGCAGCACCCACGAGCUGCACCCCGGCCCCCAGCAGCCGCAGCCGCACCACCAGUAUUCUUUCAUCCACAGCGCGUCUGCAGACUGCUGCGACACCAACAGCACCAGCCUGCUGGCCGCUGCCGCUGCCGCUGCCCCCAGCUGCCUCAGUGCCGUGCACACGAGCUGCAACAGCUCGACGUCAGCAGCUGCGGUGGCCAACUCCUCCGACAGCAGCAGCAGUAGCAGCAGGCUCGUGUCGCUGCGGCGGCAGAUGGAGCAGUUGCUGCUGCUGCCGCUGCCAGAUUACGAGGAGGAGGAGGAGGACGACGGCUGUUGUGCCGUCUCCUAUCCGUGCUCGGCCGCGGUUCGCCAGCAGCAACUGGCUGCCCCGUUGUGCAUUGCCAAGGCUGCUGGGUGUGGGGCAGUGGCGGCGGCAGCCUUGCCCGCUGCCCGCUGCAGCGGCCGCGCGCCGUCGGCCACGGGGCGCCGGGGCCUGUCUGAGGGCACGGUGCGCGGGGGAGAGCCGCGCAACCAAUGGGUGUGGGUGGCGGCAGCGCCGCCGGCUGUUGUAGCUGCCAUCGGGUGUUGAACUGCACGGCAGCUGCAGGCAUGUCGAUAGAUGUGGUAUUGCUGUUGGCUAGCGCGGUGUGUGUGUAUGGAUGUGCGUUUAUUAUUCGGCUGCCAUAAUGCGGGCGCGCGCCGCCCUUUGACUCGUGGCAUCUUGUUGAGGGUCGUAUAAAAUUGUAGAGUUGUGCUGUGUACGGGCUGCAACGCUACAAUAGCAGGCGUUAGGAAGGCUGGAGCUGGCAUGUGUGUGUGUGUGUGUGUGUGUGUGUGUGUGUGUGUGUGUGUGUGUGUGUGUGUGUGUGUGUGUGUGUGUGUGUGUGUGUGUGUGUGUGUGUGUGUGUUCGUUCAUGCGCUAGUUGAGUUGUUGUACUGUACUGUACAUGUACUACCUGUCAUAAGAGCCACGUCCGUAGUGGAUGCGUGCACUACCCGUACUGCUGCAUGCGGUACUGCGCACGUACGCUGCUGUACGGGGCUCCUGUGCUUCCUGCGAACCCCUGCUGCCCACGUGCACCUGAACGCGACAGGAUAUAAAAGGACACGGCCACGCGCAGCCGUGUGCGUCGGGGCCACCAAGCAUAUUACAAUUGAAAGUACGGCAGGCAUGAAGAUGGAUGGGGAUGGACACACCGCCGCUAGGAGUUGGCUGGGCUUUGCGGGUUACUAUCUUUGCGAGCUGGGAUGGGUGUCCUUGUUACUAUAUCGCUUGCUUUGGCAAUUUUGCGCCGGUUUGAGAGGCAGGGCUGUCCGGGUAGGGCGCGUAGUCCUGUACAGGUGCGGCUGUCAACCGGGGGAGGGACCCCUGCUCUCAACUGAUUGGACCUGGAGCAUGGCUGGGACGGAUAAGUAGGGACAGCUGCGCUAUGUCCUGUGUGCGCGUGCCGUGGAGCUGAGAUCAAGGACUCCGAAAGAGGCGCUGCGAUGAGUUGUGAAGUAAGGUCAGAGCGAAGCACUUGCAAGUCCCUCGGCAUGUCGACGUUUUUGAGGAAGGCCCUGCGUUGAUGGUCGCGGUUUGGUUAGUUGGCAGCAGUUGUCAUGACCGGCUUCCUGAAGUGAGUGUGUCUGUGAAGAUUGCGCGCGGGGGUGUUACAGAGGCUAUAAAUACUUGUUGCUUGGAGGUCAGACUUGCACUACUUCUUAUGUAUAUACACGCGUAUGGCGGUAGCAUUGCUCCCACCGCUGCGAUGUUGGUGAAAGCGUGGGCGGGACAGGAUGAAAAUGAACAUGUUGAAAGCAUCGCUUGGAGCGCUAGAGAUUCUGGUGCUCGUGGUAUAUAUUUUGGGGUCAGCAGCAGGCAGGGCCAGAGGCGUCCAUGCACGGUUGCCCCGGCUGAAUGAACGUGCAUCAGGGUAUUUUUUGUUUAUGCAACAUUCGUGUGCGUGUGCUUGAGGGAGGGGUGGAGGACGCGCCGUGGUGCGACCCUACGGCAGCUGCCACUGGCGGCUAGCUACACAUGAACUGAAGAUUGUAAUGUCGUAAGAAU